AUGUAUAGCAGAUUAAAUUAUAAACCAUCAAAUAAACAUAUCAAAGAUGAGGAUUUGGAAGAAAAUUUAAAUUAUAAUUCUCAGAAUGAUUUCCAAAUAAAAAGUGUCGUAAAUGAUAUCGAAGUUAAAAAUGAAGAGAUAAUAUAUAUAAGUGAACAUUAUUGUAAGAUAAUUCGUGAUUCAUUUGAAGUAUAUAAAAAAAAUGGUUUAAAUAAUACAUUAAAAGUAUUUAUACGAAUGUUUAGUGAACAUCCUGAAUAUAAAUUUAUAUGGCCACAAUUUCGUCAAAUUCCUGAUAGUUCAUUUAUAUUAUCUUCAGCAUUAAAACAACAUGCUGCAGUUUAUUUUGGUGGAUUAAAAUCAAUUAUUGAGAAUAUUGAUGAUAAGCAAAAAAUGGAUUUGAUUAUUAAAAAGAUUGCAUAUUCUCAUGUAAAAUGGGAAAUUAAAAAAAGUCAUAUUGAAAAUAUGAUUCCAGAAAUUUUAUUUGUUUUAAAAGAAAUACUGAUAAAUUAUAAUAAAGAUGUUGAGGAUGCUUGGACAGCAUUAUAUACUAUAAUAGGAGAUCUUCUUGAAGAAUUUAAAAAAGGUCAAAAAAAGACUAAAUUAUAA